AACCUCCCAACGCUCCCUGCCCCGCGCUUGCUUAUUCAUUCAGAGUGGGAAACGGCCAGCCCCCGGGUCAGCAGUGCCGGGCGGCUCGCGGAAGGCCCCCCGGCGGCCCGGUCUGCCCGGUGCCCAGCAGAGCGCCUCGUGCGGCCCCGGGCACGCCCCUGCCCUGCCCUGCCCUGACCCCUGGGUCUCGAAAUGCUGUCAUCGGAGGAGCCGCCCCACUCGGGACCAGGCCAGGAUGGACAGAGCUAGAGCCAGGGCCGGCGAGCGAGCGUCCUGUCCUGCAGGCGGCGGGAAGAGCAGCCGGCGCGGGGCCCGGGGCCCGGGCAGCGCGCACCAUGGCCGGCUGGCAGCUGGGCGCCCUGGUGUGGGGCGCGUGGCUCUGCGCGCUAGUGCGCGGGCAGCAGGCCGCGCCGGGGACGGGUUCGGAGCCGGGGCGCUGGCGGCAGCUGAUCCAGUGGGAGAACAACGGGCAGGUGUACAGCCUGCUCAACUCGGGCUCCGAGUACGUGCCGGCCGGGCCGGCGCGCGCCCAGGCUAGCCCGCGGGUGCUGCUGGCGGGCGCCCCGCAGCCGGCCCCGCGGCGCAGCCCCGGGGGCCCCCGGCGACGCCAGGCGCCGUCGCUGCCGCAGCCCGGGCGCGCGGGCUCGGACACGGUGCGCGGCCAGGCGCGGCACCCCUUCGGCUUCGGCCAGGUGCCCGACAACUGGCGCGAGGUGGCCGUCGGGGACAGCACGGGCCUGGCGCGGGCGCGCACCUCGGUCUCGCAGCACGGCGGCUCGUCCAGCGUGUCGGCGUCGGCCUUCGCGAGCACCUACCGCCAGCCGGGCCCCUUCCCGCCGCAGUACCCCUACCCGCAGGCGCCCUACGUGGGCCAGUACGAGAACUACGACCCCGCGGCGCGGACCUACGACCAAGGCUACGUGUACUACCGCGGCGGGGGCGGCGGCGCGGGCGCGGCGGCCGUGGCCUCGGCGGGGGUGCUGUACCCCUUCCCGCCGCGCGCGCGCUACGACGAGUACGGCGGCACGGGCGCGGGCGGCGAGGAGCAGCCCGAGUACCCGCCGCCGCAGGGCUACUACCCGGUGCCCGAGCGGCCCUACGCGCCGCAGUCGCCGCCCGCCGACGGCCUGGACCGCCGCUACUCGCACAGCCUGUACAGUGAGGGCGCGGCGCCCGCCGAGCCCUCCUACCCCGACGCGGGCGCCGGGCCCGGCCCCGACACGGCCUACGCCGACCCCCGGCCCGACCCCCGGGCGGACCCCCGGGCGGACCCCCGGGGCGGCUGGUACCCGCCCUACGCCAACGUGCCGCCCGAGGCCUACCCGCCGCCGCGCGCCGUGGAGCCGCAGCCCCCGUUCCGCGUGCAGGAGCCGCCCUACCUGCCCGUGCGCAGCUCCGACGCGCCCCCGCCGGGAGCCGAGCGCCGGGACACGCGCAACAACGGCGGCGGCGGCGGCCGCCUGAGCGUGGGCAGCGUGUACCGGCCCAACCAGAACGGCCGCGGGCUCCCCGACUUGGUGCCGGACCCCAACUAUGUGCAGGCGUCCACGUAUGUGCAACGGGCACACCUGUACUCACUGCGCUGCGCCGCCGAGGAGAAGUGUCUGGCCAGCACAGCCUACGCCCCCGAGGCCACCGACUACGACGUGCGGGUGCUGCUGCGCUUCCCGCAGCGUGUGAAGAACCAGGGCACCGCCGACUUCCUCCCGAGCCGGCCCAAGCACACCUGGGAGUGGCACAGCUGCCACCAACACUACCACAGCAUGGACGAGUUCAGCCACUAUGACCUGCUGGACGCGGGCACGGGCAGGAAGGUGGCCGAGGGCCACAAGGCCAGCUUCUGCCUGGAGGACAGCACCUGUGACUUCGGCAACCUGAAGCGCUACGCGUGCACCUCUCACACGCAGGGCCUGAGCCCAGGCUGCUAUGACACGUACAACGCAGACAUCGACUGCCAGUGGAUCGACAUAACCGACGUGCAGCCGGGCAACUACAUCCUCAAGGUGCACGUGAACCCCAAGUACGCUGUUCUGGAGUCCGACUUCACCAACAACGUGGUGAGGUGCAACAUUCACUACACGGGCCGCUAUGUCUCCACCACCAACUGCAAAAUCGUCCAAUCCUGAUCUCCAAGGAGGACGGCCACUCAUCCCUCCCCCAGGCCUGGCCCCCGGCGGCCUCCGCCAGCACCAGCCCCCUCCCGGGCAAGGGCAGCUGGACACCGGGGAGCGUGGAGGAGGCAGGCCACAGGGGCUGGACGCCGGGCCCACUCUGUACUCAACCUUCCUUUUCUCUACAAUGUUCCUUUGUCAGUUUUUAUUUUUCAUAUUUUGGCCCCACCACAGAACAAGAGUGCCUGGGACGGGGUCUGAAGAAAACAGGGUUUUCUACUCUGGGGUUCUGUCGCCCCGGGUCAAGCCCACUGGGUGGGGUGGGGGGUACAGCCCUGCCGCCCCGCCCCCCCAGCCCUGUUCUCACUCCCCCCACCAGCCUUACGGUGCAUGGCGCCCACCUGCCCUGGGCAGGAGGACCGGACACUUCCUGCUCUCAGGGAGCAGAGACGGACACCAUGAACGCCCACCCUAGGGAGAUGGCCUCUGGCAAUGGUAGCCGUGGGAGCUGGCUUUUCCUGUGUGCCCGGUGUCCCCAGGAAGGGGCUGGGGGGUGCAAGAUGAGGGGUGCCAGCACUGCAGGCCAGGACCAGACCCCAGAGGUGCAGUGCUCGGAGCGACCCCCUGGCCCCUGCACGCGCCCUCCGGGGACUCAAGCUGAGAGAGACGGGGGUGCGGGGGGAGGUGGUGAGUCCUCAGGGACACGCAGACGGGCAGUGGGGGACUGUUCCCAGGAGCUCGGGUGGGUGUCCCCCAGCCUGCUGUGGGGGCAGCGAUUCCUGGGCCAGUCCCUGCACACUGACAGGACCCCCGAGAUAGAGGCCUGGUGGGGGAGCGGCAGAGCCCGUCCCCACACCCCAGAGAAGAUGGGGUGUCCCUGAAGAGAACAGGGUGGUGCCCCCUGAGUGUGUGGCUCCCUGCUCCGGCCCCCAGGACCCUCUGGAAGGGAGUUGGGGCUCCCCCGCUGGGGGGGCUACGCCUGACGCAGCACUUGGCUCUCAGGGUCGCCGGGCGGGCGGGGUGAGGAGGGAAAGGGGAGGGGGCAGGAGGCAGCCAGGAGGAGAGAGACCCCCCACCGCAGCCCUCUUCGCCUCUGCCUCCUGAGGUUCUCCUGGAGCCUCCCCUCGAGCCCUCCCCCUGCCGAGCCCCCUUGUUCCCUGAAACUUGGGGGCACUGCCAAGCUCACCCACGGCUCCCCACCCCACCCUGCUAAGGACAUCGGGUGUGGAGGAGGUUGGUGCCGCCAGGCAGGCCAGAGCGGCCACAGCCGGAGGGGCGUGGCGGGCACUGGCCACCUCCCCUGCCCGCACCUGGCCGGCGCUUCUAAGACAUCCUUAUGGUGGGCCUGGCAGGUGGGGUCGGGUGCCAGCCAGGCCCAGCCUCCAGCUGGGUGCAAUGCCCGUGUGCGUCAGCGCCCAGAGGCCCUGCAGCAGGAGCCCUGGCGGGCAGGCGGCCUCCGCGCCCCCGAGGCUGGGCCUGAACCCCACGAACGAACCGCUGCCGUUAGCAGAGAGGAAGCAUCGCGGUGGCGGCGGUGGUGUGUGCAGGGCGUCUGGCCCACGCCGGCUCCUGGCCCGUGGUGCUACAGCUGGGACGGGCCAGUGGAGGGAAGGAGGGAGAGGCGGGGAGGGAAGCCAAGGGCGGGUCUGGGGGCGCCGGUUGCAGACCGUGAUGGCAGCCAGGCCAGGCGUCAGACCCAGGGCCCCCGGAGAUGGCGCCCGGUGGAAGUGGGGGCUCGGUGCUCAGGGGAGGGGGCGGGGAGGGGGAGGCAAGGGCUCGCGGUGACCUAGGGGCUUGGGGCACUUUGGGGCGAAUGAAG